AUGAAUUCUCAACAGUGUCUCACAACGCUUUCUGGCCUUUCCACAGGAGACCAGGCCCUCGUUUCUCAAUAUGGACGCGGCCCAUCUCUUCCAGUACCUCAUUCUCUGAUACACCAAGCGUUUGAGGGGGUUGUGGACAAUGCACCUACAGCAAUCGCAGCCAAGUUUGGCAAGAAUACGAUCACGUAUCAGCAAUUAGAUAUAGCCGCCAAUAGACUGGCUCACCACCUGAUUGAAUCAGGACUUCAACCUAAACAACGAGUUUGUUUGGUUGUUCAGAGGUCUCUUGAGAUGCUCAUUGGCAUCCUUGCAAUCCUCAAAGCGGGAUGCCAGUAUGUGCCAGUGGACGGUGGAGUGGUAUCAGAGCAAGCGCUUCAGCACAUCAUUACUGAUACAGAGACUCGCUUCGUUUUGUGCUUGCCUCAAUUUUGGGACAAAGUUCGACGAUUUUCGAAAACAAAUACUAUCAUUGUUGCGCUUGGCAUGGAUGUUGGUGCUUUCUACUCAAAUGAAAGACCCAAGAUAGAUAUCUCUUUAACAGAUGGUGCAUAUGCAAUCUACACAUCAGGAAGUACAGGCAAACCCAAGGGAGUGGAUGUCUCGCAUGGCAACGUUACGAACGCCCUGCUAUUAAAACCCGCCAACUUGGGUAUUACCAUCGGAACUAGGGUCGCUCAAGUACUCAACAUUGCCUUCGAUUUGGGUGCAUGGGAGAUCCUCGGCUGUCUCAUGAAUGGUGGAACCCUCCACAUGCGCGGAUCAGAUUGGGUAGCCACGCUUCAAGAGAUUGAGACAUUGAUCUCUACGCCAUCAAUACUUUCACACUAUCGACGCAAGGAUUUCCCCAACAUCAAGACAAUUGUUACAGGCGGAGAGCCAUGUCCUCAAUCCCUAGCGGACGAAUGGGCAGAAGGGUCGUGCUACUACAACAUUUGUGGUCCCACCGAGGUCACUAUUCUCAACUCGGCCCACCAGCACAUCCCAGGGCAAUCAUUAUCCAUUGGCAAACCUCUGCCAAACACGUCUUGUUACGUCUUGGACGAUGAUGAGAGUCCAGUGCCGGUCGGCUCGAAAGGCCUCAUGUGGGUUGGUGGAGCAGGUGUGUCGCGGGGUUAUAUCAAUCUGCCUGAACUUACAUCGGACCGCUACAAAUCCGAUAAAUUCGCCAACGAUGGGUCACUCAUGUUCAAUACUGGGGAUAUCGUGAGAUGGAGAGAAGACGGCAGCCUAGAAACCUUUGGCCGAAAUGAUGACCAGGUCAAGAUAAAAAAAUUCCCGGGCAUCGCUAGAGCUUCUGCCAUGGUGGUCGAAAACGUCUUUCACGGUUUCUACACUGCUCAGAUACGUGUCGAUGAGAAAGAACUGGACGCAUUCAUCCGCCAGCAUCUCCCGUACUACUCCGUUCCAGAUAAGCUGAACUACGUAACCGCCAUUCCCCUCACUCACAAUGGCAAAGUCAACAAGAACAAACUCAUCGCACUCUGCCCUCAUGUGAGCAGAGAGGACUCGGCUGCGGACCUGACUCCAGCGCCUAUGAGCAAUGCCUUGGUCGCUACCAAGGACUUGAAACGCAUGGCGGCACCGUUGCCACUCACGAACUCAUCCCCAAUCACCUCCGGAGACUCAGAGAAAGGGUCGUUCAUGAUCCCAAGCAUCAUGUCUGAUCUCAAAAGUCCAUCAUCAGACCCCAGCAUCGCCGAUGUUCCAGAGAUACUGCCAAUCAAGAAUGGUAUCCAUGGCCAGAGGUGGCUUCGAUACCGAGCAUUCAUUUUAUAUCGACGUUUUAUGUCAAUCGUCGUUCUCGGCAACGUCGCGGUUGCUUGCUUCCUCAUCUACCAGAUGGCCAAGAAGUCCAAAUGGGUACUCGGCGAUAUUGCAACAGCGACGGCUAGCAACCUCUGCAUGGCUGUACUAAUGCGUUCGGAACCCGUUGUCAACUUCCUCUUCACCGUGUUCAGCUCUGUUCCAACAUGGCUGCCGCUCUUUGUUCGUCGUGAAUGUGCCAAGAUUUAUCACAUCGGCGGCAUUCACAGCGGGUGUGCUAUUGCCGCGACGACCUGGUUUGCAAUUUUCACUGUUGGAGCUAGUAUCGAGCUCGCAAAGGCAAAAGAAGAAAGGCGUAUCUCCUUAGCUCCGACGGUACUCUCCUAUCUGAUCCUGGUAAUUCUUGUCACAAUGGGCUCGAUGUCGUACGCGAAGUUUCGUGCAAAGCACCACAAUAUCUGGGAGACUACUCACCGAUUCGGUGGUUGGACGGUUCUCAUCCUACUAUGGACUCAAACGUUCCUGGCAACCAAAGAUCUCAGCCCGGGUGUUGCACCGUCAAAGGCGUACCUUCAUUCCCCAUCUAUCUGGCUCCUCACUGUCGCUUCCAUGGCCGUCAUAUUUCCGUGGAUCUUCCUCCGCAAAGUCGCUAUUAGGUCAGAGGUUCUCUCCACCCAUGCUGCGCGCCUCUGGUUUGACUACGCUACACCUGUUCCCGGCUCAGCUGUACGAUUGGCCGAGCGCCCAUUGGUCGAUUGGCACGGUUUUGCUACCAUUGCCAAUCCCAAUGGCAAAGGCUUCUCAGUCAUUGUCAGUAGGGCAGGUGACUUCACAGGGCGGACGAUUGAGCGCGCCCCAACUCACAUAUGGGUUCGCGGCAUGCCCACCUGCGGCGUUAUGCGCGUCAACACCUUGUUCCGUUCUGUUGUUCUCGUUGCUACUGGUUCCGGCAUAGGCCCAUGUCUCCCUGUGAUACUUGCAAAGAAGGUUUCCUGCCGCGUCCUAUGGACAGCACCCAACCCGGAGCAAACCUUUGGGAAAGAGAUCGUAAACAACGUUCUUGAAAGAGAUCCCCGCGCAGUCAUCUGGAAUACGAGGACUAUGGGCAAACCGAAUAUGAGUCUUCUCGCUUACAAACUCUGGAAGGAGAGCGGCGCAGAGGCGGUAAUAAUCAUUUCGAACAAGAGAUUCACGACCGAGGUAGUGUAUGCGCUAGAGACAAGGGGUGUUCCCGCAUAUGGUGCGAUCUUUGAUUCGUAG